AGCUUCUUUGUGUGCUCUUAUGUUUUCCUUCUCAUCUUCUUGUACACUUGAGCACAGCUAUAGGUUACACAAGCUGCAACUGUACAAUUCCCAUGACCAUAUAGUCAUGGACGUCCAAAGCUGCAUGAAGGCCACUCUUCUUGCCAUAAUCAUCAUAUCCGUGGUAACUUGGCUGUCCCACAUGUACUCUUGCAUAAAGAAUUCCAUGGAGUCCCUCCCUUCUGUUGUCUCGGUUGUCAUCGCACCGAAGUGCCUCUUCAUCUUCUCUAACAUCAUCGUUAUGUAUCUUGUAAGUGAGUCAAAGCUCUCACGUCGCAGAAGCAAGCUGCAGAAGGCUGGUGAUGACACUGCUGCAAGAGAUGAGGAUAUGAUACAAGAUAGUCAGAAACAGGAAGAGGUUGUGCUGGCAGAGGUCUUGCUUCCGACGAUCAUUGGAGAGAGCAAGCAAGAACAAGAAAAUAAGAUGGCAAUGGUAGUAUACGAUGAAAAGGGUGCUCUACUAGGAAAUGGAGAUGUGCCGAUGUUAGUCGUGAUGGAUGAAGAAAGGGAAACCUCUGCAGUAAAUGAUAGUUUGAGGAUGAAUCAAAUUGUUCUACAUAACGCCGAUGAAGUGCACGAAGAAAUUGAAGAGGGGGAUUUUGAGUUGGAACAAGGAGAUGAGAUGAGUGAAGAUGUGGAACAACAGUUCGCAGUGGAGGACGAGUUGGGGGAGAGGGACCUACCGCCGGCCGACGAGCUGAACCGGCGUGUGGAGGAUUUCAUCGCGAGGUUCAAUAUGGAGAGGCAGCUGGAGGAGGCAAGGAUGCUCGUGUGCUGCUACUGAUCAUUUUCCGAAGAUGUCUCCGUUUUACGGUGACAGCUCGAGAACGUUCUUAAUUAUGUACAAUAGAUGUUACAUGAAUGUAAGUAAGUAAAGUAUUUGGGAUGAUGUGGCCAAUGUUUUAAUGUGACCAUUCGUAUAUCUCAUAUGCUCAUUUAAUCUCCGACAUGUAAAAAAAUUCAUACCAGUAUAUUCAGGUGUUUUCAUGGUUCAAACUUCUAA